AUGGACGUGAACGAGUGCGGGGAAGAGAAGCCUCUGAACCCGAUAAAAGACAUUUUGAUAUUCGAGAGAAAGUUAAACGAGAGAUUCGCUAAUGAAACGAAAAGGCGAUUUAUAUACUUUGUCUUGGUCGUAACAAUGCUCUCUGCGUAUAUUCUGUACAUUAUCAAGGAGGUAUACAGCACUCUCUGGGACGUAUAUAGUACAUCUCCUGUUUCUCUGAGUCCUUUGCUCUUUCAGAUAUACUUCCGCGUUCUGGGGGUGGCUUUUCUCUUGGGGUACGUCUUUAUUCGCCUGCUCCGGAAGUCCUCGAAGGUGAUCAAGUCUCUAACUGCGCAGUUGAAGCUUCUGAAUAUAAACUUCAAGGAGAGAAAGAUAGAACUAUGCGCUAUAAAGACGCCUAGGAGCAUAAAGACGGCGAUAAACGUCUUCCGAGAGGAGGAGCAAAGGACCAGCGGAUAUUGGAGGAAGAAGGAGUGA